AUAUAUCAUGCAACCAAAGCGAGUUAGCUGCAUUUCUCUUCAUAUACCUUCCUUUCCAACGUUCACUCAUUCCACAUGCAAUCUCCAGCCCUGUCGACGUCAUCUGAAGAGGCGGAGGCCGUCAAGGUGCUCUACCAUGCCCUGACAUGUGGCAACACGGAGACCGUUGCUGGCCUCCUGGCGGACGAUCUUGAAUGGUGGUUCCAUGGCCCACCUCGAUGCCAUCACAUGAUGCGGGUCCUCACUGGCGAGUCUACGUUCGCGGAUUUUCGAUUCAGGCCACGAAAUGUGACUGCGAUCGGAAGUAGGGUGAUAGUCGAGGGGUGGGAAGGGGCCCACGUGUAUUGGGUUCAUGUCUGGACACUGAAGGACGGUGUGAUAACACAGUUCCGGGAGUAUUUCAAUACAUGGCUGACGGUUCAGGAUCUUAGCCCGAUUGUCUGGGAAGUCCAGCACGAGGGCUUGACUCUCUGGCAGAGUGAGCCGCAGGAGCAUCUGAACCGUUCAUUACCGGGGCUUGUGUUGGCCAUCUGAUCACAUUUUGUAAAUUGUCAUUAACCCUGCUGUUUGUAAAUCAUUCAUGAGUAUUGCACGUGAAAUUUUCAAGAAAAAAUUACUAAUGAAUUACCCUUUUCUCUUGUAAAAA